AUGCCGUCGCCGGACGCGGCGGCGAGGCACACGGGCGCCGGCGUGGCGCGUCGGCAGGCCCACCACGAGCGGAUGCGCGACGAGCGCGCUCGGGAAGCGGCCGCGGGCGAGGCGGAGCUCGACGCGGUCGAGAUGGCGAAGAUGUCCAUUACUCGCGAAAGCUUGCAAACGACAACAGUCCCACUGUAA